AUGCUUGUCGAUGGACUACGAUGCAGUGCGAAUUCAUUCUGCAGCACGGCCGGUGUCGUUAACGUUAGAGAAGUUGCCGUUUUUGUUCUGUCGACCACUGUUAAGCGUCACGUACUCAUCUUCGAACGAGUGACGCAUCUACAUGAUAAAGGUGGACAAAAACUACAUGUUAAGGUUUACAACUUUUCCACUCCAAUCAAAAUUCAGAUUUCGUUCUCGCAGUCACCUCCGAUAAAUUGGGUCCUGUUUUUUGUGAUUUUUGCCGCGUGUUUUGUUGUUCUCCUUGUUGUUGCGGGUUUAUUGUGGAUGAUCAAAUUACGCAUUGAAGUAUUCCGAAGAAAUCAGAGGCGCUACGAUGAAAUUGAGCAAAUGGCUUCUCGCCCAUUCGCUUCUGUGAGGCUCGAACUCACAUCUCCUCAAGCCAAUUUGGUAAGCGUUACAUAA